CGUAUGCAAAGAUUCCGGAUCACGAGUGAAAAAAGAAAAGCGGAAGAAGAAAAAGAGUGAACCACAGACCAUCCCUCCGUCCGUUCAGUCUUGUCACUUUAUGAGACAUCACACGUUUUCGGAUCUGGCCGCCGGAAUUUGCCUGGUCGAUGGGUGUCAUGUCCAUGUACCGUACCGGUACGAGUAUAAGAGCUCGCAAUAUAGGAUACCGGUAUGAAAAACGUGGCAGGAUUUUUUUUACUUUCUUUUGGCAAAUUCUCUCUCUUCUUAAUUAUUCCUCCGGCUUAAUGCGUUCGAUUUUGGACAUCGCUUUCUACGCAUUAGGGGAAGUGCGAUGGGAAAAGGAGCAAGAAAGGGAAGAGAGGGCAAUUUAGCAAAACCCCGUUUCCUUGCUCUAGACCUCGGAGGACGUAACAGAUUGGUACCACGAUGCAGCAAAAUUUGACAGAAAGGCGAGAGGGAGAGAAAAAGGAGACCUUAGUUUCUCCCAAGCGGAUAAGAAAUCUGCGACAUGCAGCCUGCACUUGAUCAAUCAAAUAUUAAAAUGAGAUAAAGUUCUGCUCAUGCAAAGACUUCUAACUGCAGGAGUCAGGCAGGCAGGCGGCCUCGGAAUUGCCCUCUCGGGACCGGGACCAGUAGCAGCAACCGAACCAAGCCAAGCCACGGCAAACGCCACCUUGUUGUUAUUGCCGAUUCUCGACCGACCAAAACCACGCAAGGGCGGCAACCGGAAUAACUUUGGAUGAGCGCAGGAAAGAAUUUGUUUCAUGUACCGGCAUGCAGUAUGGGGGGAGCCGGAAGGGAGGGUACAGCACCUGCCUUUCUCUACUCGUACAAUUGGAGCAUGAGAAGCGAUGGAGAGAGGGGAAGAAAAAAAGGUUAACCUGUCUGGCCGGGAAGCGGGUCAGACGCAUUGGCGAAUCGAAUCGCUUUGUAAAUUUUUCCUCGGAUUCUCACUGUCGAACCCCCGGGCUCAGCUCGGCAAAGAGCAAAUCUAACGCACUACCGGUAUGUGCUAUUGAAUUUCCUCUUGCUAUCGUACUUGCUACUGUUGGAGGUCGGUUGGGAUUUCUAGAUUUCCACUUUUCCGGCUGCGUUUCAACGGAUUCGCUUCCACGUUUGACUGACUUCUUGGUCUAAUACGUUAACUAAUGCAAUGUUUGGUAGCGUAGAGUACAAGUUUUCAUUCUGCGCUGCGGUAAUUCCCGUGCACAAGACGAACUCCACUGUGCUAGUGCUCUACUCUCGUACAGGUAGCCUUCAACCGAACCUUAGCUUCCCAGGCUCUUUGAGUCGCUCCCCGGAAAUGCCAUCGUCGGCCGUAAAUGUUUUUAUUAUUAUUCAAUUCUUCGCUUUCGCGAAAACCCGAGCGCCAACCGUGUCACCAUAG